AUGGAGUCGGAAGUUGUAUAUGCAAUUCAUCCAUUCAAAGCGGAGAGUGAAGAUGAGGUUUCUUUUGAAUUCGGAGAACCGAUCAUCGUUUUAGAAAAAGAUGAAUUAUAUGGUGAUGGUUGGUGGAAGGGAAAAAACAUUCAUGGAAGAGUUGGACUUUUCCCAAUGAAUCAUACUAGUUAUAGUAAACCCGUUCCAAUACAACUGGAUCCCACUAAUAAUAGUUAUAAUAGUUAUAAUAGUUUUUAUAGCCAAAUGGUUUCUACUCCUAAUGAUAUGAAUUUAAAUAAUUCAGAUUUGAAUGUCCCUUCACCUCCUUUUAGAAUGCCAACUCCUUCUAUUGAAGAAACCAUCGAUGAUAUACAAAAUAAGUUAAAAAAAAUGAGUGUAAGAUCGAAUGAAAAACAAUUAAAUCAAAAUAAUUCUGAACCACAACAAUAUCCAUGGUCACCAAAGCAAGGUCGUCGCAGCAGAUUGUUUUUAUCAUCGUCGUCUUCUUCAAGAACUGUCAGUACCAUUAGCAGUUCGUCUCAUCGGCAAUCUACUGAAAGUACAAAAAAAAAUGUUACACAUGCUGAUUUAGUUUCUCCCAUAACUUCCAAUGAAUUUGUAUCAACUCCGAAACAAGGCAUUCAGAUAAAGGAUCAUCCAUCAACUUGGGAUGUAAGGCAGCUUCAUUUAUCUACGUUAAAAGAGUUAAACGUGCUUUCCUUCGGAAAACGCGUACACAUAAUGAAUGCCAUAAAUGCGCUUAAAGCCAAACAUUCAAUUGGGGUUGGUCCUGAUGAUGAUGUAUCGGAUAUAGACGAGUAUUCCGGUUCUGUUCAACCAUAUUCGCCAACUCCCGUUUAUCGUUUUCAACCUAAAUAUAACACCAGCAGCCCUGUGUUAGGUAGAUACGCUGCUAAUCAUGACUUUAGGAAAUUUCCUGGUCUUCCAGAAUCUCCCAGAAAUUCUGCUAGCAAUAAUCCUGCUUCUUAUACUCAAUUUAAACGUAUUGAAGAUGUUGAUGUCGCAAAUGUUGAAGCGGUUAACCCUAAAUCUAAAAAAAUCAAACUUUUAUCAAAGUGGAAUUCUUUAAAAAAGUCCAAAGAAAAAAGAAAUAAACUUCGAACAUCUUCUGAAGGUGGAUAUGAUAUCAAUUUGAAUGAGGAAGACAAUGUGAUAAGGAAUCAAUUUAUUAAUGAUAAUAUUCGACCAAAUUCUCCGAGUUUGGAGAAAAAUCGAGGAUUAAGAUUUAGCAGGAAGAAGCAUCCGGGAGAUAGCAUUAUUGGGAGCCCUUUGAUGAUCCCAAAACAGUCUUUAGAACCUGAAAGUCCUCAUCAAUAUAAUAAAUGGGAAGCCAUCGAAGAUUUAAGCGCUAUUGAUUUGGAAGUAUUGAAAUCCAUUGGCGAACCUGAUUACGAAGGAUGGCUUAAAAAACAAGGCGAUAAAUAUAAAACAUGGAAGUCACGUUAUUUUAUAUUGAAAGGAGCAGAUCUCUAUUAUCUUAAGAAUAAUAAGAAUAUCCAACAUCCCAAAGUAAAAGGUCAUAUUGACUUAACGGGAUAUCGCAUUUUUACUGAUGAAAAUAUAUUACCUGGAAAAUAUGGGUUCAAGAUAGUUCAUGACAUGCUUCGAACCCAUUUUUUUGCACAUGAGGACAUUGAUGUAAUGAAAGGAUGGAUAAAGGCAAUGAUGAAAGCUACGAUAUCUCGUGACCAUAAUGCACCAGUAAUCAGUUCAAGUAAUAUAAACACAGUUCCAUUAGCUGAUGCUCGUAAAAUGUCACCACGACCACCGCAACCUCGACGUCCAUCACUCUCUCCCACUGCAAUAUUAUCACCCCCAAUACUUCGCCCUCCUCCACCAACAUUUGUUAAAGAAAAACAGAAUCCUUACAUAACAACUAUGGGAUCAUCAUCGACAACCUUUAUUCAGAAUACACCCAUGUAUCCAAAUAUGAGUUCCUAUAAUUAA